AUGAAUCCACACCUGCAGAAUCGUGAAUUCUGGGAGAGCCUACACGGGAAGAUCCCAGGUCUGCUGGACUGGAAAAUGAAUGAGGAGCUGAAACUAGCCACCACCACUGACCAGCUACCCAGAGAUACUCCUGUGGAACCUAAUUUAUGGAUGUGGGUGGAUCUCAAUGUAGUAUGUCCUCCAGUUAGGAGACAGAUUUCAAAGGAACAGGAUUUGGUCCAAAACCCUCCAUCCCCUAAAGAGGAAGAAAAUACCUCUUUCUCAGAAGACAGCCAGCUGCCCCAGGACUCCUCCAGCCUGCCCCAGGCCUCCACCAGCCAGCAGCCCCAGGCCUCCACCAGCCAGCAGCCCCAGGCCUCCACCAGCCAGCAGCCCCAGGCCUCUACCAAUGAGAAGAACACCCCCAGGACCCUCGUAUCACCCCACAAAGUGGGGCCCCUUCGAGGCCGGCGGCGGCAGGUGGGCACCCAGACAGGGGCCCGGUGGCCCAGACCCCCCCUUAAUUACUGUCACCUAAUUGCUCUUGCACUGAAAAACAGCCCUUCUGGAGGACUCAAUGUCCAGGAGAUCUACAACUUCACUCGAGAGCACUUCCCCUUUUUCCAGACAGCCCCAGAGGGCUGGAAAAACACUGUCCGCCACAACCUCUGCUUCCGAGGCAGCUUUGAGAAGGCCCCAGUGAGCCCAGAAGAGGAUACCGCUACCAGUCGCCCUCGCUCCUACCGCUGGCGGCUCACUGAGGAAGGGUACCGGCGCUUUGAGGAGGAGGCCAGGGCACUGGCAUCUGCUCGGCUCCACAGUAUCCAAAAGUGUAUGAGUCAGCCAGAAAAGAUGUCUGCCCUCUUUGACCUCUGA